CACUCUCAUCCUUUGAACCCCCCAAAUCCUUACAAUCGCAAUGGGUGGAGGCGGAAAGAUCCCGUAUGUACCCCAAGGAAGUCUGGUCUCCCGCCGGAGGCUGGUACGCUCGGCCCGCGAACUGGAAGGCCAAUACCGCUAUUAUCGGCGCGGCGAUGCUUGGAAUAGUCGCUGCAGUCUGGAGCAUCAGUGCAGAACGCGAAUACCGGGACAGGAUGCCAGAGCCGGGCAGGUUCUUCCCAAGUCGAUACUGGAGCAAGCAGAUUAUCGAACACGAGAGGCAACAGGCCGCCAAAAACGAAUCAUAAGAACGUGCGGGAAGACUAAGAAAACCGCAGGGAAAGCUAUGGUAUGGCAAGGUCUAUGUUCUAUAAUUAUGCGGGCUGUACGACAAUAGAAAGGCGUUAUCAAUAGGUCAGUUGAUCUGCAGGUGAUUUUGAGGAGAUUCUU